GCCUCAGUGCAAAGGCAUUCACUUCCAGCCCCCAUGGGUCACCAAACCCGCUCCUGCGAUCAUGGACCUAGAUACUCCCCACCACCCCCCAGCCCCCAUGGUAGCCUCCUGCCAAAUGGACGCAGCUUUACUUUACUUCUUGUGGGAGCCCACCCCUCUGUUUCAUGUACUUGCACCUGCUUCUGGUUCUGCUACUGCACCUCUUCCAUUCCUCUGAUGUCACAGCUCUCUCCGGAUCAGGAGGUUCACGUUUUCUCUCCUGGGCAGGCCUAGGUGCUCCUCGUGUUCUUGGCCAUGGAAACACCCCAGACUGUCCCGUUGUUGCCAAAGGAAGGGGCCCAUAGAGCUACAUGAACAAUGGAAGCCUGUGAUCUGGCGUGCUGGAACAGCAUCUGCUUUACAUGCAGACACCCUCAGAAUGGAACCUGACCUUGUGCCUGGGAGGAAGCUUUAGCCAGGGCAAGAGUCAAAGGCCAAGAUCCUGGCACUCCUUCCUUACUCAACUGUCUCCUUCCAUUUCAGGUCCCAGGUGUGUGAACGGAGACCUGGGUUGUUCUAGGCACCUGGAGACCAACGACGACUGUCUUGCUCACCCCCGGCAGCCCCAGUCUGCCUUUUCGCCAUUCUGACUGUGGACCAGGCAGCAUCCAUCUGUGCCCAAACCGCCGAGUGGCUCUGCUUCCCCUCCCAGCACUGCGACGUGAGUUCUGGGGCUCAGCACAGUCAGCACGAUUCUAGAAGCUGGAGUUGGGAUGGACGCCGUGACUGUUGAAGACGUGGUUGUGGACUUUUCCCCAGAAGAGUGGGCCUUGCUGGAUCGUUCUCAGAGGAAACUCUACAGACACGUGAUGAUGGAAACUUUCAGAAACCUGGCCUCAGUAGUUUCACAGAAUUGUGAUGGAGAAAAACUAUCCACUAUUGAAAAUGCCAUAGUGCAAUCCCUGAAAAAUGGCCCCUGGUCCUCCGUGAUAGGAGAACUAUGUGGAUUUCAUGUCGUUGAAGAUCAGGAUCACAAGCUCAACACUCGUGAGAGCAGAAGACAUCUCAAACAGAAUGGCUGUGACAUAAAUAAGGAAAAUCAGUGUGGACAGACCUUCAGUUGGAUUCCAGAUCUUCACAUGCUCAAAAGAACUUCUAAUGCGCCAUGUCCUUCAAAACCCCGUCACAGUGGGAAAUCCUCCAUGGACCAGUCUUCAUCACCUAAGUGCUCUACUCAUUUUCACUCUGAAUGUAACCUCUGUCAGGACGGAGACCACGGAGCAGGCUGCACUUGUCCUCCUUCCUCCCACAGUCCUGUGAGACUUCUUAUUGGAGAGAAGCGUAAGGACCUUGGAAACACCUUUGAUAAAUCCUCCGAGGUUCCUGUACGUUUAAGAACUCACAGUGGAGAGAGGCCUUAUGAAUGUAAUGAAUGUGGCAAAGCCUUUACUCAAUCCUCAAGCCUCACUCAACAUAGAAGGAUUCACAGUGGGGACAAGCCUUAUGCAUGUAAGGAGUGUGGCAAAGGUUUUAAGCACCUCUCAUCCCUCACCAUGCAUGGCAGAAAACACAGUGGAGAGAAGCCUUAUGAGUGUAAGGAGUGUGGCAAAGCGUUUACUUGCUCCUCAAUACUCCUCAAACAUAGUAGGACUCACAGUGGAGAGAGGCCUUAUGAGUGUAAGGACUGUGGCAAAGCCUUUACUGAUCACUCACACCUUAUUUCACAUCGGAGAACUCACAGUGGAGAGAAGCCUUAUGAAUGUAACGAAUGUGGCAAAGCUUUUAGUCAUUCCUCAAGCCUCACUCAACAUAGGAAAAUUCACAGUGGGGACAAGCCGUAUGAAUGUAAGGAGUGUGGCAAAGGUUUUAAGUAUCUCUCAUCCCUCACUACACAUGGCAGAAAACACAGUGGAGAGAAGCCUUAUGAGUGUAAGGAGUGUGGCAAAGCGUUUACUUGCUCCUCAGUACUCCUUCAACAUAGUAGGACUCACAGUGGAGAGAGGCCUUAUGAGUGUAAGGACUGUGGCAAAGCCUUCACUAAUAACUCACACCUUUUUUCACAUAGGAGAACUCACAGUGGAGAGAAACCUUAUGAAUGUAAAGUGUGUGGGAAAGCCUUUACUCGCUCCUCAAGCCUCACUCAACAUAGGAAAAUUCACAGUGGGGACAAGCCGUAUGAAUGUAAGGAGUGUGGCAAAGGUUUUAAGCACCUCUCAUCCCUCACUAUACAUGGCAGAAAACACAGUGGAGAGAAGCCUUAUGAGUGUAAGGAGUGUGGCAGAGCGUUUACUUGCUCCUCAUUACUCCUCAAACAUAGUAGGACUCACAGUGGAGAGAGGCCUUAUGAGUGUAAGGACUGUGGCAAAGCCUUCACUGCUAACUCAGGCCUUUUUUCACACAGGAGAACACACAGUGGAGAGAAGCCUUAUGACUGUAAGGUGUGUGGCAAAGCCUUUGCCCACUCCUCAACCCUCACUGAACAUAGGAGAGUUCACAGUGGAGAGCAGCCGUAUUUGUGUAAGGAGUGUGGCAAAGGUUUUAAACAGCUCUCAUCCCUCACUACACAUGGGAGAAUUCACAGUGGAGAAAGGCCUUAUGAAUGUGAGGAGUGUGGCACAGGCUUUAAUUACGGUUCGUCCCUCACUACACAUAUGAGAAUUCACAGUGGAGAGGCCUUAUGAAUGUAAAGAAUGACAAAGGCUUUACUGCUCAUCCCUCACUGGACAUGAGAAUUCCCAGUGGACAGAGGCCUUAUGAAUGCAAGGAUUGUGGUGAGGGCUUUAAGUAAUUCUCAUCCCUUGCUAGACUCAGACGUCACAAUGGAGAGGACACUUAUAUGGGAAAGCAUUUAGUCAACCAUCCCACCUCACCAAACAUGCGGAGAUUCAGGAUUUACGGUAGAUAGAAACCUUGUGGAACUAAGAAAGGUUACAAAGUCUUUAGUCAUGCCUCAACCUUCAUUUAACAUAGAAAUCAGCGUUGAUAGAUCUUAUGAAUGUAAGGAGUGUGGCAACGUCUUUCCUCAUCCCUCAUGCAGUGUGUAAUUCACAGUGGAAACAUAAGAAAGCAUUUUCUCGGUCUUCAUACCUUGCUAAAUGCACGAGAACUCAAGUGAAGGGGGCUCUUAUCACUCUUAAGGGUUUUGGAAACCAUGCUCAGUCACCACAGCCUCUUGUACAGUGGGGGGAGGCCUUAGGAAUGUGGCAAAACAUUUUGUCAUUGUUCUGAUCUCAGUGCACAUGAAAAUUCACAGUGCACAGAUACUUUAGGAAAGAAGGUUUGAUUAGAAUUUGUGCCUUUGGGAGAAGUAAACACAUCCCUAUGCAGCUGUUUUAUUAGGAUGAUGCCUAAUAAAUGUUAAUAAAUUUUUUAACCCUAGUUUCGAUAACUAGCCUCGCAUCCGGGAAAGUGCUAUUUAAAAAUUGACACAGUACAUAUGCUGUCGGGAACACACAUCAAAUGGUCUAUAAAGGUUCAAAACUGCGAAAAUCCCCCCUCUUAACGUCUCCAACGUAAAGUCUGCACUUGAUCAACUGAGUGGGGCCAGGUGUUUUGUGUGUACAUGCUCAUGUUUUGUACAUGUGCACUGACUUCAUUAAACAUUUUACCAAUA